ACACAAGUGCUGUGCAGCGCAUUGCAGUGGCGCAGGAAUCUCAUUCUCGUCCCAAGUCCCAGCUUCCCAAGCAAGCAAACCAUCACCACGUACGCCGGCCGGUCGCGGGCGUCGAUCGAGGCCACCGUUCCGCGCGGCCAUGGUGGGCGGACGAGCGACGCGCCUGGCGCCGCUUCUGCUGCUGCUGCCGCUGCUGGCGGUGGUGUCCUGUGACGGCGAGGCUACGACGACGACGGCCGGCGGCCAGCCGGACGACACGGCCGUGCUGUGCGUGAGCAAGUGCGGGACGUGCCCGGCGGUGUGCUCGCCGCCCGCGCCGUCGGACAGCACGGCGCCGCCGAAGCCCGGAGGCGGGUACACGCCGCCGUCGCCGAAGACCGGUGGCGGGUAUGGCUCUCCGUCUCCGCCGGCGGGAGCGGGACAGGGGGGCAAGGGAGCAGGGCGGCCCAGCAACUUCUACUACCUCUUCACCUCCGCGGCAGGCGGGCGGAGCGGCGGCGGCGGCGGCGGUGGUGGGGUGACCGUCUUGUUGCUCGCGUCGGCGCUCACGGCGCUCGUCGCUCGGUUGCAGUGAGACGCGCCAGACCCACCGACCGAC